AUGGACGAUAGUAAUGCCUCGAAAGGGCCGCGACCCCGUUUGACAUGUACAGAGUGCUAUAGAAGGAAGAUCAAAUGCGACAAGCACGUACCUUGCAGUACGUGUACCCGAAGGGGUUAUGCAAGCUUUUGUACAAGAGAAGAUAUCACCGUGACAUCCUCAGCGCCACCACCUGCAUAUCAAGCUCAGAGCGCGACAAUAGGGUCUGACGACCUCGUGCGCGCACUACUCGACCGUGUAAGUCAGCUUGAAGCUAGACUACAGGAGCAAUAUAAUAUCGUCUCGAGCGAAACACCGCUACCACCUGCGCAACUGGCUGAUAACCCAGCAAGUCCCGCAAAUGAUGAAGCGAUUACUUUAUCUACGGACAAUAACAUCACGUCACAAUCUGUGGAAACUGGUGAUGCAGCUACUGUGCUAGAAUUUCUGGCAUGGGGCCGUAAGAAGGAUGCCGAUUAUGGAACUUCGCCAGAACAUAACAGCGGGCCAAGACGACUGAGUGUCAGACACGAGGAUGGAGCGACCACCUCAAAUAUCCCAUGCGAAGCCAGCAGAGAUGCACAGCUUGAUGUACUCGAAUCGCUUCUUCCCGACAAGACUCACAUCAUACAACUUGUGGAGUACCACAAUACCUCCAUCUUAUGGUACCAUGGCUCCUAUUCUUCAGCGAUGUUCGGAAGUGACCUGGACCUUUUUAUGGGUGAAUAUGAAGGCAACGUUCGACAUGAGGACCUGAAUCUUCAAUGGCUAGGUCUGCUGUUCGCCAUCAUGACUGGAAGUAUUACAUGUGCACCAUCAUCUAUCUAUCGGUCUUGGGGAUUCUCAUCGGAGGAGCGCAUGGUCUUGUCUCAAAGGUGGUACGAAGCGACCGUGACAUGCCUUGAAGUUGCGGGUUAUAUCGAGACUCAUACGAUAUAUUCUGUCCAAGCUAUCGCGACUCUGACGAUUGCGGCUCACAUUCUAGGCAAGUCGAACAGCCAGUCAAUACUGCUUGCAUCAGCUGGUCGCAUCGCUCAAAGCCUCGGUCUACACCGCCUUGGACCAGAGAACGCAGCUGGGGCUACUUCAAAGGAGCAGCUGCGUCAACGUGAGGCCGGUCGACGGGUAUUCAAUCAGCUUUGCACGCAAGAUUGGUUCCAGAUUCCGUUCUCUGAGUCAUAUUCAUUGAACCCUCGCUUCUUCAAGACCUCGAAGCCUCUCAAUUGCAACGAUGAAGAUAUGGUACCCCUGCCGCUAUCUACUCCAACCCAGGCGAGCUAUUGUAACUAUCGUUAUGAUAUUGCGGCACUUAUGCCGCAGCUAUUGGAUGCAAUGACAGGCUGCAACACGCUUUUCACAAAGUAUGAGCAGGUGCUGCGGUACGACGAGAAGAUGCGCAAGCUUGCUACCGCAUGUAUGCCUACAUUCCUCUCAAACAAUGCGCCCGUAGCAACGGGCUGGCCUAUUUAUGUUGGAUGGGCCAGACGCUCAUUGGCUAUAUGUGCCUCGCACAAGAUCAUCAUGGUGAGAGAUUCCCUGUACGAACUGUAUGUGACAUCAGCAUCCAAAACCAUAUUGAAAGAAGCAUUAUCUGACAACGACCAGGGGCCGACGCUGUGGAUUGAGCAAGCUUUCUCCGUCGCAGCGGGGAUCAUCCUCAGCCUCGAUGCAUUUCACCGGUCGGCCAUUGAAAGGAAAUUUGAGGAACACAAAAAACUUGUCGAAGACGCAAUCAGCUACUUGAGGACGUUUGAAGACAGCAAGAUAGCUUCACGUGGUGUGCAGUUGCUAUCUGGCUUGCAGCGUGAACUCCAGGAUGGAGGAAGCGUCAACUCCAGGAAGCGCCAACAGCCUGCAGAAUUCGGCGAACUGGCUCCCUCGUCUAGCAAGAGAGCACGUACGUUUAACGUGGAAAGCUUUAUCAACAACGUAUCUAGAGACUUGCAAGUAACAACCCCCACUUCUUCGACCGCAGAUGUCCCUGCAAACGUAGGAGAUACUUCAUGGAAUUCCUUCAUGAAUUUGUUACCACUACAAACUGGAUUCGGGGGACAAAGUCUGUUCGAUGAUCUGCUUUCAUUCCAGUUCUAA